GCUUCAGUGCUGCUUCUGCCGCUAUGCCUGUUAACCGAAGCAGCUUCAGCUCCAUGUCCAUGUCCCGCAGCAGCGGUGGAGGUGUGGGACGGAUCAGCGGUGGUUUUGGCAGCAGGAGCCUUCACAAUCUAGGGGCAAGCAAGAGGAUUUCCAUGAGUGGAGGGUAUUGUUCUGCUAGAGCAGGAUACGGAGGACGUGGCCCUGGAGGUAUUCAAGAGGUCACAGUCAACCAACACCUCUUGGUACCUCUUAACUUGGAGAUCGACCCCAACAUGCAGAGAGUGCGGCAGGAGGAGAAGGAUCAGAUCAAAUCCCUCAACAACAAAUUUGCCUCCUUCAUCGACAAGGUGCGAUUCCUGGAGCAACAAAAUAAAGUACUGGAGACCAAAUGGAGCCUCUUGAAAGACCAAAAAAUUGUGAAAAAUAACAUUGAACCUAUGUUUGACGUGUACAUCAGCAACAUGAGGAGACAGCUGGAGGCGCUGGGAGGGGACAGGCUGCGGCUCAGCUCCGAGCUGAAGGCUAUGCAGGAUGCUCUUGAAGACUUCAAGAUCAGGUACGAAGAGGAGAUCAACAAGCGCACGACUGCAGAGAAUGACUUUGUGUUGCUGAAGAAGGAUGCAGAUGCCACCUACGUGAACAAGGUGGACCUGGGGACCAAGGUGGAAGCACUGACAGAUGAAAUUAACUUCCUGCAAGCCCUCUACGAAGCAGAGCUGUCCCAGAUGCAGUCACAGAUCUCCGACACCUCCGUGGUCCUGUCCAUGGACAACAACCGAAGCCUGGACCUCAACAGCAUCAUCGCAGAGGUCAAAGCGCAGUACGAGGACAUCGCCAACCGGAGCCGGGCGGAGGCCGAGUCCUGGUACCAGAGCAAGUACGAGGAACUGCAGCUCACAGCUGGCCGGCAUGGGGACGACCUCCACAACACCAAGAUGGAGAUCUCCGAGAUGAAUCGCAUGGUCCAACGGCUCCACUCAGAAAUUGAUAGUGUAAAGAAACAGUGCACCAGUUUGCAGACGGCCAUCGCAGAUGCCGAGCAGCGUGGGGAGAUGGCCAUCAGGGAUGCCAAAGCCAAACUGGCUGAGCUGGAAGACGCUCUGCAGAAGGCCAAGGCCGACCUGGCCCGGCAGCUGCGCGAGUACCAGGAGCUGAUGAACGUCAAGCUGGCCCUGGACAUCGAGAUCGCGACCUACAGGAAGCUGCUGGAGGGCGAAGAGAGCAGGAUGGCUGGAGAAGGCGUUGGUGCAGUGAAUAUUUCCGUGGUCUCCUGCGGGAGCAGCUCCGGAGGUGGGAACACGCUGGGGCUGGGGUCAGGCUUCAGCAGCAGGCUCAGCGUGGGGGGGAGCGGCGCCAGCAGCGGGACCUGCCUGGCCGGCGGAUUCGGCUCCGGCACGGGAAGCAGCUCGAGCAUGAGGUUUGUCUCAAAAAGCACCACCAAGAAGAGCUAUCGGAGCUAAGCUGCGGCAGCACCCAGCUCACCCGGAGCAGAAGAGGUUGAGCACCACCUCCUGCUGCCAACACAGAGCCUACUACCACCACCCAAAGAGCCACGCUUAUCACCUGCCCGUCAGGGGAAAACAUAUUCCCAGCGCUACCUAUGGGCUUGGGAGAGAUGCCUCCCUGGGUCCAACUAAUUCCUCUG